CUACAAAUCAACCACUACCGUGAAUGCGUCCACGAUCUGACGGUUGCUCAACGUCGCAGCAGUGUCAACGUAUCGCGCGCAUCAUGCAUGUCCGGUCAACGCAUUUUAGCGGAUCCUGUGAGAGCCGGCACCCGAAAAGCAGACUUCGGCGACUAGGCAGGACUAGGAAUAGUUUGGCAACAAGGCUGCGAAAAGGAGCAGCGAUGAAGGGGUCAAGGGUGGCGCCAAGAGGGCAAUUAAAGACUCGAGGGCCCUCGACUGUGUUUGACAGCAUCGGUCCUGGUCUUUACGCCUCCAAGCACCUACAAGUACCUGUCGCCUCCUAGGGAUUCGUUGCGCAGGGCAUACCAGCGCCGGGCGACAUAAACCAUGGCGCUCAACGCGAGUUUCGUCUCGCCCACGGCAGACGCGAAAGUCGCCCAUAUGAUCACCCAGUUCGACACUGCCGGCCUUCUCUCUACAAUCUUCAAUGGCUUCACGUUCUGGAAGGCGGCGCUCGCGCUGCUUGUCGGUGCCGUUCUCUACGAUCAGUUCAUGUACAUCUGGCAGAAGGGCUCUAUCGUGGGACCUGCCAUGAAGACGCCGUUCAUGGGACCGUUCCUCGACUCGGUCAACCCCAGCUUCACCAAGUACCACGAGAAAUGGUCGUCCGGCGCGCUGAGCUGCGUUUCCGUCUUCCACAAGUUCGUCGUUAUCGCCUCGACGCGCGACAUGGCCCGCAAGAUCUUCAACUCGCCCACCUUUGUCAAGCCCUGCGUCGUCGAUGCCGCCUACAAGCUCCUCCGCCCCGAGAACUGGGUCUUCCUCGACGGCAAGGCCCACGUCGACUACCGCAAGGGUCUCAACGGCCUGUUCACCCGCCAGGCGCUCGAGCAGUACCUCCCCGGCCAGGAGGAGAUCUACAACGAGUACUACAAGCGCUUCGUCCAGCUCUCCCAGGUUGAGAACAAGGGCAAGCACAUUCCCUUCAUGCAGGAGUUCCGUCUGUUGAUCACCGCCAUCAGCUGCAGGACCUUUGUUGGCCACUACUGCUCCGAGGAGGCUGUCAAGAAGAUCGCCGACGACUACUACCUCAUUACCGCUGCGCUCGAGCUUGUCAACUUCCCCAUCAUCCUGCCCUUCACCAAGAGCUGGUACGGCAAGAAGUGCGCUGACAUGGUUCUGGACGAGUUCUCCAAGUGCGCCGCAAAGGCCAAGGUCCGCAUGGCGGCCGGCGGCAAGAAGGAGUGCAUUCUCGACUUCUGGGUCGCCCACAUGAUCGAGUCGGAGAACUACCGCAAGGCGGUCGAGAAGGGCGAGAGUCCAGAGAAGCCCGCUAUGCUCAUUCGCUGGUUCAGCGACCUCGAGAUCUCCAUGACGCUCUUCACCUUCCUGUUCGCCUCUCAGGACGCUACCUCAUCCGCUGCUACAUGGCUCUUCCAGAUCAUGGCUGACCGCCCCGAGUACCUCGACAAGGUCCGUCAGGAGAACAUCGACGCCCGCAACGGCGACAUCCACGCCGAGAUCUCGCUCGACGUUCUUGAGAAGCUGCCCUGGACCCGUGCAGUUGUCAAGGAGGUCCUCCGUUACCGCCCUCCCGUAAUCAUGGUCCCCUACCUCGCCAAGAAGGACUUCCCUGUCACCCCCGAGUACACCGUGCCCAAGGGCUCCAUGGUCAUUCCCACCACCUACAUGGCCCUGCACGACGCCGAGGCUUACCCCAACCCCGACGCGUACGAGCCCGAGCGAUGGAUCACCGGUGAUGCGGACCAGCAGACCAAGAACUGGCUUGUGUUCGGUACUGGGCCGCACUAUUGCCUGGGUCAGACAUAUGCGCAGGCCAACCUGAUGCUCAUGAUUGGCAAGGCCAGCAUGAUGCUUGAUUGGGACCACAAGGUCACCGACCUGAGCGAGGAGAUUAAGGUGUUCGCCACUAUCUUCCCUAUGGACGACUGCCUUCUCACAUUCAAGAACCGAACAGCAGCAUAGACACACGAUGUCUGUUCGUAAUUCGCAACUUUAGCGAUUCUCUGCAUUUGCAUUCGGCGCAGCUUCUUCUUGGUUCUUUCUAGCGGAACGAAUGUCUCUUCAUUCUAGCCUAUUUUAGAUGUAAUGAUUGUACGCCCUGCCACCUCUCGAAGGGGCGGAAGGGUUUUUGAGAUGGUAUAGGAUUUAUGGCACGUAGCUACGAUUACGCGUACUGCACGCAGGGACGGUAGAGGCUAGGAGGCGAGGAGCUAAUGGUAGG